AUGAAGCUCGUCGUCGUCGGAUCCAGCGGCUUCGUCGGCAAAGAAGUCGUCCGCCAAGCCCUCGCCAGCCCGGCCAUAACCUCCGUCGUGGGCCUUUCCCGGCGCGAAACCCCCGUGCCAGAGAGCCUCAAGGGCUCCAGCGACGCAGACAAGCUCACCUCUGUCGUGGUUGAUGACUUUUUGAAUUAUUCGGACACUGUCAAGCAACAUCUUGCCGACGCCGAUGCCUGCAUCUGGCUGAUGGCUGUAACUCCAAACAAGUCCGCGUCCAUGCCCUGGGAAGAAGUCCGCAAGGUCUGUCUGGAUUACACCAUCUACGGACUGGAGGAGCUGUCCAAGGCUCCGAGAAACGACAGAUCGAAGCCGCUCAGGUUCGUCUAUGUCAGCGGCGCCAAUGCUGAGCGCGAUCCCACCAAGAAGCCGUGGUUGCUCGGCGAGUACAUCAUUAUGAGAGGAGAAGUGGAAGCUCGAGUGUUGGACUUUGCGAAAACCUCCAACAAUGCCAUCGAGGCCUGCAUUGUCAAGCCGGGCUUCAUCCGAGAUGCUGAACAUGGCAAUUUCCUGCUAAACGCCUUUCAGAAUGUUCUGUCCAGCGUGAUCCGCAUUCCUGUGGUUUAUCUGCAUGAUGUGGCGGCGACGUUGCUUGCCCAAGCACUCGAGGGGAUUGAGAAGGAGACGCUGGAGUGUGCCGACAUUGACAGGAUUGGGAGCAGCAAGAAGCAAGCUAUCGAGAAGUAA